AUGGCACGCGCAGUCUGCGGUAUCCUCUUCCUUGUGGCGCUCUCAAGCGCAGCAUGCCAGGUCGUUGCCGGUGCGGAGUCCACCACGGAUUACCCGAACUUCCUGGAGGCGUUGACUCGGCAAAGCGACGUCAGCACGAUGAUGGACCGAAUGGCCCAUGCCUUCUUCAAUGCAGCGACCCAGAACGAAGGCGUGAAGAUGAUGGAACGGGCAAUUGGCUCUGUCGUAGACCCCUCUGCCGUCCAGACCCUUUUCGCUGAGGCCAACAGAAACGCGAGGUCUUUCUUGAACCCGUUCGAGGCUCUCUGGGGCAUGAACCAGUUCCAGAACCGUGCUGUGGAGAGCACCAACACGAGCGAAAGUUCGGUGUCCGAGAUGACUCCCCAGCGGGUCUUCCCCUUCCCGCUCGGCUUCCCCUUCUUCUUCCCCUUCAGUGGAGCUUCCCCUGCUGCGAAAUACGGCCCUCGCUAUGAAUUCCACGACCACAUCUACGAGUGCGGUGGCAGGCCAUGCGAUGAGAGCUACUCCACUUCUCACUCGUACUCCCACUCUCACUCCCACUCAGUCUCCAGGGAAGAAUAA